CUUUCCAAAAAAGUGAAACAGAACGACAGACUGACAGUUGACGCAAAUCGACGAGGAAAAGAAAUAAACAAGAACAGGGAAAAAGCGCUGCUGAUCUGAGUCAUUGGAAGCUUCAAAUCCGCCCAUUUCAAUGCUUUUUGAGGUUCUUCUUCUUCUUCAUGCGUAACAAAGUUGCCAAACGGAGAAGAUCAUGAAUUUCUUAGUUGGAGCUUUUAAGCCGCCAUGUACUAUUUCAAUCAUUUUUGCUGAUGCAAGAACUCGCAAGCAGGUCCCAUUGAAGAACGAUAAUGGCCAAACAAUUAUGGUUCCUCUCUUUCAAAGUCAAGAAAACAUUGUCGGAGAGGUUGUUAUAGAACCAUUACAGGGAAAGAAGCUUGAACAUACUGGUGUUACAAUCAAGCUGAUUGGUCAGAUAGAAUUGUUUUUUGACCGAGGCAACUUCUAUGAGUUUACAUCUCUUGUUCGUGAACUUGAUAUUCCUGGCGAAUUGUAUGAAAGAAAAACAUACCCCUUCGAAUUUUCUACAGUUGAAAUGCCAUAUGAGUCUUACAAUGGAGUCAACGUGAGGCUUAGGUAUAUAUUGAAAGUGACAAUCAGUCGAAACUAUGUCAACAACAUCGUACAGUGCCAAGAUUUUGUGGUACACAAUUAUACGCCGCUUCCAUCAAUCAAUAACAGUAUCAAGAUGGAAGUUGGAAUUGAGGAUUGCCUGCAUAUUGAGUUUGAAUACGGUAAAAGCAAGUACCAUUUGAAGGACGUUAUCAUUGGCAAAAUAUAUUUUCUUCUGGUUAGAAUUAAGAUUAAAAAUAUGGAGCUUGAGAUCAGGCGCCGUGAGUCAACAGGAUCAGGGCCUAACACGUAUGUUGAGACAGAGACCCUUGCAAAAUUUGAGUUGAUGGAUGGUGCUCCUGUCCGAGGAGAAUCAAUUCCAAUCCGACUGUUUUUGAGCCCAUACGAGUUGACACCCACAUAUCGUAACAUCAACAACAAAUUCAGUGUGAAGUAUUAUUUGAAUCUUGUUCUAGUUGACGAAGAGGACAGACGGUAUUUUAAGCAGCAAGAAAUCACAGUUUAUAGGCUUCUUGAAAAUCCAUGACAUUAUGGUUUUGCUUUCUUGAAGUCUAUUCGUGUUUGCAUGGGAUUUCUUCCAGACAAACCUGUUUUUGGCUUCUAAGAAGAACCUUUGAAACGAUCGAAACCACUACAUUGUUUUAUAUUUUCCUUAACUGUUAACACCUCAUGUUUUAUUUUUAUUUUUUUAUGAAUUUUUUUUUAUCAAUUUGGCCCUUUUCAUUCA